AUGGAGAGACUCAAUUCACCUGGACCUGAGGGUGGUUCCAACAUGGAGAGACCCAACUCACCUGGACCUGAGGGUGGUUCCAACAUGGAGAAACCCAAUUCGCCUGGACUUGAGGGUGGUUCCAACAUGGAGAGAUCCAAUUCACCUGGACUUGAGGGUGGUUCCAACAUGGAGAAACCCAAUUCGCCUGGACUUGAGGGUGGUUCCAACAUGGAGAGAUCCAAUUCACCUGGACCUGAGGGUGGUUCCAACAUGGAGAGACCCAACUCACCUGGACCUGAAGCAGGCAGGGCCCACGAGAGCAGUGGGGAAUCCGGGGAAAGAACUACGCAGACAUUGCUAAAUGCGCACAUACAGCGCCAGCUCUUCAGACAGUCCUUCUACCAAGAGGGUGAGGGACCCAGAGAGGUUUGCAGCCACCUCCACGAUCUCUGCCGCCAGUGGCUGAAGCCAGAGCAACACACCAAGGCUGAGAUGCUGGACCUGGUGAUCCUGGAGCAGUUCCUGAGCAUCCUGCCCCCAGAGAUGGGGAGCUGGGUCCGAGAGUGUGGGGCAGAGACCUCUUCCCAGGCGGUGGCCCUGGCGGAAGGCUUCCUCCUGAGUCAGACAGAGGACAAGAGGCGGGAAGAACAGGCCCAAAAUAACUGUAUUGAAGUCCAGCGUGAUGUCCCUACAUCAGAGAAAUCUCCUUCAGACACCACCCAGAGGCUCCAGCUGAAAGACCUCAAGCAGAAAGGGGAUGGAGCGGCAACUUUGCAAGGGACUGGAAUGAUGUUGUCAACAAAUGGAGUGGAACUGAAUCAGGGCCCAAUCGCCUUUAAGGAUGUGGCUGUCAAUUUCUCCCUGGAGGAGUGGGUUCUCCUGAAUCCUGAUCAGAAAGUCUUGCAUAUGCAGAUCAUGGAAGAGAUUCGUGGGAUUUUGGACUGUCUUGAAAAUGUCCAGCAAGGAAAGCCAUCAGGAGCAUUUCAUCGUAAAAGGAAGUUGCAGCAUUGCAAAGAAGAUGAGAAUCAAUCUAAAGCAUUGCAAACCACCUCACCAUCAUGUGCAACAAGAAACACAGAGCCAACUAAAUUGACUGAAUCAGCUCAUGACGAUAACGACAAGAUACCAAUAUCUGAUCUUCCACCUGGACCACCAGCAAGUCAAGACCAUCUUACAGUGACCACAGCAACACCAUUAGCACCUUCCAUUAUUGACCUAACUGGGACCGAUACCGAAGAUGUGGAUGAUGAUUUAUUAGGAGAUGCAGUCCUGCCAUCUAGUCCGCAAACCAUUGAAACUGAACUAAGCAGAGACCCAUUAUCGAUUUCAGAUGAUUGUGGAGAGUGGCCAUCUAAAAUAAAUGAUGAGGUACGGAAAAUACUUGUGAAACGAGGACCUCAGCAAGUCACUGACAAAGAUUUUCCUCGGGACAGUAGGGGUAGGAGAUUUACCUCAAAACACUAUACAAGGAAACUGCGCAACGGAGAGCAAGUCGACAGGAUUUGGCUACUAUAUUCUAAAUUGAAAAAUGCAGUUUUUUGUUUUGCUUGCAAAGUUUUUGGAAAUGCUAAUUCUCUUCUUGCUAGUAGCAAAGGGUAUUCUGACUGGCAGAACUUGGGCAAGGUUUUGACCAGUCAUGAGAAAUCCCAUACUCAUAUUACAAACUGUACAUCUUGGCAUGAACUCUCUGCACGUUUAUGUUUAAACAAAACUAUUGAUGCAGAACAUGAAAGGCUUGUUCAUGCUGAAUCUGGACAUUGGCAUCAAGUUCUGAAACGCUUACUAUGUGUAGUACAGUUUUUGGGGACUCAAGGAUUGGCAUUUCGAGGGAAUAAAGAGGCUCUAUUUGAACGUAAUAAUGGCAACUUUUUAAAAAUGGUAGAACAUAUAGCAAAGUUUGAUGCUUUUAUGGCCGAACAUCUGAGAAGAAUCGCUUCCAAAGAAACACACGUUCACUAUUUGAGCAAAAAUGUCCAGAACGAGUUUGUUAGUUUCUUGUCGGCCAAGAUCCAGGGUAAUAUUUUACAACAACUACACCAGGCAAAAUAUUAUUCGAUUAGAUUAGACUGCAUUCCCGAUGUUAGCCACACCGAACAAAUGACGUUGGUGGUAAAAUUCGUAAAAAUUGAAGCAAAUGAAGAUGUCUCAGUUAAGGAACAUUUUUUAGGCUUUGUUCCUGUUACCCAUUCUUCAGGUGAAGGCCUCACAGAAAUUUUACUCAAAGAGUUAGAAACACGAGGCAUUCCUUUAAAAACCAUGAGAGGCCAGGGCUAUGACAAUGCUUCUGCAAUGAAGGGAAAGCAUUCUGGAGUUCAGAAGAGGAUCCUUGAGUUAAAUCCGAGAGCCUUUUAUGUACCAUGUGGAAACCACUCCCUGAACUUGGUCUUAAAUGAUGCAGCUCUGUCUUGCAGCGUUGCAGUAGACUGUUUCAGCACCAUACAAGAAAUCUUUAACUUUUUUUCAAGUUCUACUGAAAGAUGGAGUAUUUUGUCAAAGCAUGUUUCAGUUCUCAAAGUCAGACCACUCUGCAUUAUUAGGUGGGAAAGUAAAAUCGAGGCAUUGUUGCCUUUGAGGUUCCACAUUGAAGAAGUAUAUGAUGCCUUAUAUGAAGCUUCUCAAGAGCAGAAAUUUGGUGCAUUUGGUAGGAACACUGCUAUCACGCUUCUAAAGAAACUGAAAAGCUUCAAGUUUCUAUGCUGUUUAGUGACAUGGCAUGAGAUCCUGCAUAAGAUAAAUAUGGUGAGUAAACGGUUGCAAAAAGUCACAAAUAAUCUUCAAAGUUCUAUGAAUCUUAUUAAGAGUGUACAAUCAUUUCUAGAAAAGAUGAGAUCUGAUGAAGGUCUAAAUAGCGUCAUUAAGGAUGCAAAGGAACUUGCAGAAAAAAUUGAUGUUGCUGCUGACUUUGAAAAAGAAACGCUAGUUCGACCAAGAGAAGUAAACAAUGAGAGUGAAGAUGAAGCUGCACAUUCAAGUGAGAGUGAAGAUGAAGCUGCACAUUCCAAUGAGAGUGAAGGUGAUGCUGCACAUUCCAGUGAGAGUGAAGAUGAAGCUGUACAUUCUGAUAAAGAAUCUUUUAAAGUCAACUUCUUCUUUGUUGUGCUUGACACAGCAAUAUCCUCAUUAAAGGAGAGAUGUGAGCUAAUGGAAAACCAUAGCGAAAGUUUCAAAUUUCUGUAUGAUAUUUCAAAGCUUGGGAAAAGUUUGAAUGAAACAGAAUUGAAGAAUGACUGUCAACAUCUUCAAACCGUUUUGAGCGAUGGAGAAGACUGCGAUGUGAACGGUGAUGAUCUGUUUGAUGAGCUACAAAUAUUUGCACCUAUGCUGCCCCCUGGAAGCAACCCAGCUGAAGCCUUGUCUUUCCUAACCAAACGUGGUUAUGUAGAUACUUUCCCAAAUGUUUAUAUUGCAUUGAGAAUUCUGUUAACGCUUCCAGUAUCAAUGGCCAGCGAUGAAAUGAGUUUUUCAAAAUUAAAAUGUAUAAGGAACUACUUAAGAUCAUCUUCGGGCCAAGAGCGCGUGAGUGAACUAGCAACCUUGGCCAUUGAAAAAGACUUGUUGGAUGAAAUGGAAACAGACUUACUAGUGCGCGAGUUUUCAAAACGGAAAGCUAGAAAAAUCUUUUUUUAAUUUUAAAGGUGUUCAAGUUAAUUUGUGUUAAGACACACGGGAUGUUAAAAUAUCCACUCAAGUGAAGAGGCCAGAGGCUAGCUAUGUUGCCACACCUAUUGCCAUGGGCCAGGCUGGCAUGGCACUUCUGAAGGACAAGAGUUUGCUUCCUUACAAAGAAGGUGUCUAUUCUCAUGGGGCUGCAUUCUCUAAAACAAAACUGAUUGACAGACGCAACAAGCAUGCAAUUUAGUUGUCUGUUAUUAGUAAGCCCAAAGUCUGAGAAAUCUGACGAGACAGCAUGACCAGGAACUUAAAAUUGUUGCUAAUUCGUGAAGCGUUCCAUAUUUUAAAGCAUUUAAUGAAUGAGUUCUGUGACUCGACACGGCCUGAAUUAAAGUUUACAUGCAAGGUCCAUGGAUGAAUGGAUUUAAAUAUUUAUGUUUUAAGUUUUGUAUACUGUUCUAUUAAGUAAUGUUUCAUUAUUUUAAAUGUGUUAUGCUUUAUUUUUGAACUUGUUAUUGGCAUUGAAUUUUGCCAGAUUUUUUUGCCUCUUUGAGUCUCCUCGGGUGAGAAGGGGGGGUGUAAAAAUGCUGUAAAUAAAUAAAUAAAAUAAGUUUGAUAAAAUAUUUGCAUUCUAAAAAAGGUUAAUUUAUGUUAAUUCUAUGUAAUAUAACUAUAUGAACAUACUGAUGUAAAUAAAUUUCUAGUUUGUAAGGUUA